AUGAACGAAAUUGCUGUUUUCCAACGCAUUGAAGGCACGAACCACAAAGAUUGGCAACACAUGCAUAACACGAUUGAAUCCAGAGAGACCCACAACAGCUAUGGAUUGUUCAUGACUGCUGGUACAUACAAAGGCUUGUUACAAAGAGAUAACAACAAGAGAAGACCAUUUAUUUUAACAAGAUCUUUCUUUGCCGGAUCACAGAAAUAUACAUGGCAUUGGUCAGGCGUCAACGAUGCUUCCUGGGAACAUUUGAGAUUGUCCAUUGAUAUUCUUAUCACAGCAAAUCUCAAUGGCUGUCCAUACACAGGAUCAGACAUUGGUGGAUUUACAGGAAAUACAACUGACCAAUUACAUGGAAGAUGGUUCCAAGCAGCUGCUUUCUUGUAUCCUUUCUAUCGCCAACACGCAGCAAUAAACUGUGAAUACAGAGAACCAUAUCUCUUCAAGGGAACUCAAUUGUUUGAUAUAAUGAAGAAAGUAACAGAACAAAGAUAUAAAUUGAUCCCGCUUUGGUACGCUGCUGCUUAUAAACACACAACAAGCUCUUCACCUUUAGUUGCUCCUCUUUGGUAUUAUUACCCUGAAGUUGAAAAUCUUCAUGAUGUUAGAUUCCAAGCAAUUGUUGGUGAAAGUUUAAUGGCUUGCCCUGUUGUUUAUCAAAAUAUGGAUUCAUUACUUAUUGUUAAACCACCAGGAAAAUGGUAUUCAUUCGAAAACGGUGAAGAAUUGACUGAAACAAAGAAUAUUUACGUCAAUUUUGAUUCAAUUCCUGUUUAUUUGAGAGGUGGAUAUAUUACACCUUCUUUUGUUAAUUCAAAGAUGAAUGUCAAAGAGCAGAUGAAAGAAGAUUUGCUGUUACAUAUUGCGCUUGACGAGAACUUGACUGCCAAAGGAUAUAUCUACUUCGAUGAUGGUGAAUCAUUCGAUUACUUACAUGGUGGAUUUGUUUUGGCAGAAGUCAACUUCACUGAUGGAAAAUUAAGUGUAAGACCAUCGAGAUCUACAAAUUACACAAAGACAAUCAAGAGUUUGAAGAUCUAUGGAUUACCAGAAUCAGAAAAACUUCAUACAGGUGGUGACAUAAAGAGAGAAGGAAAUGUUGUCACUGUUUCUAACCUCAACAUCGAAAUCAACAAGGAAUCUACUACUUCUUCAUCGAAGAAGAAAGUUGGACUCAUUGUCGGUAUUGUUAUUGCAGUAAUUGUUGUUGUUGCUGCUGUAUGCUUCGCAGUAUAUUGGUUCGUGUUCAGAGAUAAGUCUCAAGAACACGAAAAGUUCGAAGAAUCUCCAAUGAAUGUCUAA